AUGAAGAGAAAAACCAAAUAAAAACAAACGCACGUUUACUCCGUUUGCCAGACAGCGCCUCUUCUUGUUCCACUUUUCGCGUCCAGUCUUGCAAUACGGAAGUUGCCAAAACUUUCGUAACUUUCGGAUAUUAAUCAAUCCCCAACUCUUUCGUGUCGGAAUGAAGUGUCACUAUGAAGUUCUCGGUGUCGCUCGAACUGCUGAAGACGACGAGAUUAAGAAGGCAUAUCGAAAAUUAGCUCUCCGCUGGCAUCCGGAUAAAAACUUGGACAACUCGGAGGAAGCGAAUCAGCAGUUUUUGUUGGUGCAGGCAGCCUACGAUGUGCUUUCGGAUUUACAAGAACGAGCCUGGUACGAUAACCACCGAGAGCAAAUCCUACGCGGUGGUCACACGAAUUACGAAGACAAUUCGAUAGAUUUAUUCCAGUACUUCACAACUGCUUGCUAUAAGGGUUUUAGCGAUGAUUCCGGAGGAUUUUAUGCCGUUUACGGUGAAGUGUUCCACACGGUUGCUUCCGAGGAAAUCGAGUUUCUUGACAAUGAGCAAGAUUUUGAGGCAAUACCAAAGUUUGGAAAUUCCAGAAGCGAUUUUGAAACAGAAGUUCGACUGUUUUAUGGUUAUUGGGAGGGUUUUUGCACGAAAAAAAGUUAUGCAUGGCUAAACCCACACAACAUUAGUGAAAUUAGGGACCGACGGAUUCUCAAAGUUAUUGAGAAAGAAAACAAAAAAGUACAGCAAAAGGCUAGAAAGGAAAGGAAUGAAGAGAUCCGGUCGCUGGUGUUGUUUGUCAAAAAGCGCGAUAAACGUGUGCAGGCUUAUAAAAAACUGCUGGAGGAAAGGGCAGAACAAAAUAGACUAAAGUCUCAGCAAAACCGUUUGGACCAAAUUCGACGAAAGCAGAAAGAGAUUGAAGAACAGCAGAAAAAUUCAUCUAACGUGUUCAAUGAGGCAUAUGAAGAGCAGUUACGGAAGCUUGAAGCUUCUUACGCGGAUGUGUCGGAAGAGUCAAGCGAAGAGGCGGAUGAAGCGGUUCAAUCGGUUGGAAGUGCAAUGGCUGGACUUGUAAUAGGACAAGACGAGAAUGGUGAGGAAAGUUUCUACGUUGAUGAUCUCUACUGUGUCGCGUGUGAUAAAAUGUUCAACAAUAAAAAAUCAUUUGAAAAUCACGAAUCUUCAAAAAAGCAUAAGCAAAAUAUAGAACUGCUCAGAGAACAAAUGCGAAAAGAGGAUAACGAUUUGACGGAGAAUCAGUCUUCGGCUUUGAAAGGUGAACCAACAGAUGAUAUGAGCGAAGAUGAAACGUUUGUUGAUUUGAAACCAAAGAAAGGUAAAAACAAGAAAAAACUAACUAAAAAGCAGCUAUCCUCUGACGAAGACGAUGCGAUACUAAAUGACAUUCCCGCCCCUGGCAAUGUCGCACAAAACGACAGCGAUAACGAUUGGACUGAUUCAAAGAGAAACAAGAAAGGAAGAGCUAAAAUGAAAGAUGGAAUACAAAACAAACCCAAAGUCAAUAACCCCACUAAAGAUGAUCCUGCAGAAGAUUUACUGAAGGAACAGCGUGAUGCAGGAAGUAGUAAACAGAAUGGGGAAUGUGAUUCUGUAGGGCACAAAUGUGCAACUUGCAAUGACAAGUUUAGCUCCAAGAAUAAACUAUUCAACCAUUUGAAACAGACUGGUCACAGUGUAUAUAUCGACAAAGCAAAGACUCAAAAGUCCGACGAAAAAACUAAAGGAGGAAAGAAGCGAAAAUAGUGGUUUUAGUUAGUAGAUUUAAACCUGUAAAUAACACUAGUUUAUACAUUUUUUUGGCUAAGAAUCACCAUCUCAAAAGGCACCUUUCUUUUCCAUGUAAUUUCACAAUAAACAAUGUUGAUCGUUUUGUGACCUUUCA